AUGAUUCCACUCUGUAUAGGAGAAUAUGCAAGGGUAGAAUUUUACAAUAAAGAAGCACAUAUCAAUUUGGUUAACUAUGGCAGCACUUUAGGAAAUUACAUUUGCCAAGAGGUUGACUGUUUUAUUUUGCAUUUCUUUUUAGUGACAAAUAAGAAGCCUCUGCAGGUAUCGAUUACCAAAGUAAAACAGUUUGAAGGUUCAUCUUCUUUUGUAAGACGGUCGCAGUGGAUGCUGGAUCAGCUACGACAAGUGAAUGGAAUUGAUCCUAAUAGAGACUGUGUAGAAUUUGACUUAAUGUUUGACAAUGCUUUCGAUCAGUGGACUGCAGGCUCUCCUUCAGAAAAAGGCACAUUCUUUCAAAUUCUUCAUAAUGCUUGUCAGCGGUAUCUUUCAGACAGGAAGCCAGAGUUCAUAAACUGUAAAGUACUCACAGGUAACAGCAUUCUGCAUUCUGCUGCAGACAGUGUCACCAGCGCAGUACAGAAAGCAAGCCAGGCUUUGAAUGAGCGUGGAGAAAGGUUAAGUCGUGCAGAGGAGAAAACAGAAGACUUGAAGAAUAGUGCCCAGCAGUUUGCUGAAACUGCACACAAGCUGGCCAUGAAGCACAAGUGUUGAAGGCACUAAAUGCAAGAGGACCAGAAAAAGCCAAAACUCUACAGAGACGGUGUCAGAUGUUUUCAGAUUCUCCCUUUUCUCUUGAACAAAAGUCACUUUUUCAGAUUAGCUGCUACUGCAUUUGAGGAAUUGAAACUUGAAUGGGUUACUCAUUUAAAAGGCACACAAGUUUUAUUGUACCCCAAUGCAGCCAGUACUCACAUACAUAAAAUGAUUUGUUUUCCUUUUUCAAGUUAUACAUUUCAUGGGUCCAAGGCCUUGCUACAUGGUCAUUUUAGUAAAACACAAAAUGUGUUAAAAAUGGUUCUUAAAGUUUUUUUUUUUUUUCACAUUCCAGUAAAGAUAUCAGGAGUCCUGGAUUCUUUCAUGUUUACUACUUUACAGGCUAUUAACAUAAUUGUUUACUAGAAUAUAAAUGAUGCAUAUUUUAAUGCUGCAAUUCCGUUAUGUAUUUCAUUAAUGUCACGUUGUUUAUAAAAUGUAAGGACUGUCUUGUAAGUUUAACUCUAAAGCAUAUUUGUAAGAACAGCAGUAGAAGAGAAUGCCAGAAACGUGGGGAAACCACAUCAGUGAAAUAGUACAGUGUCGACUGGGGUGAAAAUUUGAGUAAGUUUUAUUUCUUGCUAUCUCUAACACACACUGAAGUUUUAAUAACAGGAAAAGUCAUUUGUGGUUAAUGAAAUCAUACUGUUUGAAGAUUGAGAAUCUCAAUUUCAAAUGCAUAAAAAAAUGUACUCAGUUUGGGUUUAUCUUAAGUGUGUAACCCAUUCUGUUUCAAUAACACACAGUAUCUGACACCUGUCUGAUAGUGUACUUUUGUUUUCUAAACUUAAUUUAGUUUAUUGAAAAAGAAAACCAUGCUGCCAUUCCUGGGAUGAAAUCAGUGGAAGCAGAUGUGUUUGAGCCUUUUUUUUUUCAUACCAACAAAAGAGGAUAGAAAUUCGUGGUUUUGCUUAGAAAAUUCUAAGGAGCAUUUCUAGAGCAUUGUCUUUGAGUUAGUAGUUCAGGUUCAAAUAAUAAUCUUGUUGCAUAGCACAAAAUGCUUUUAUGGAAGGAUAGAUCAAAAAUGUCAUCAUUUUUACAGUUUUCAGUGAAUGUUGAUUCACUGAGGAUACUGCUGUUAAAGAAAAGAUGGUAACAUUCCUGACAUACAUACAAGUCUGUUAAAGCAUUAUUUUGCAUAUUGCAUCUAUCCAGCAUCUGAAAAUACCUGAGACAUGCAAACACACUAAUGCUUUUUCAGGUAGUUUCAAGAAGGCUAAGAAGCUGCCACUUAUCAACAGAUUAAAACUUUGUGAGGCAGCUUGUUGUACAAAUCAUAAUGUUGGAACUAUUUGCUGUCAGAACGGUGUCGUCUGCAGUUUGUUUACCCUUAGUUCAGCCUAGUGUGAACAGGCAUCUUAUUUGCUUUGAUAAUUGCAACUGUCAGCAAUAACAAAUAGUCAUAGAUGCUUGCUGUAGGUGUCCAGUAACAGAUCAUGGGAUCUCAAAGCAAAUCUUAAAAUUUGUGUGUGGAAGCGUUUAUAUCUGCUUACUCGUGGGCAUUACUUAGCCUUCUGAAUGGUACGUUUUACAUUAGUAUUUCUUUUUUGUAUAGUGCACAAAUUUAAUUUCUGCUUAGACUGAUGUUAGGGAGGAGGUUAGGCAGCCUUUUUUCCUUAUUUAAUACAUGUUAUGGUACUUUUACAUUCUACUUAAAGUGAUGUUGGGGAGGAGGUUAGGCAGCCUUUUUUCCUUAUUUAAUACAUGUUAUGGUACUUUUACAUUCUGCUUAGACUGAUGUUGGGGAGGAGGUUAGGCAGCCUUUGUUCCUUAUUUAAUACAUGUUAUGGUACUUUUACAUUCUGCUUAGACUGAUGUUGGGGAGGAGGUUAGGCAGCCUUUGUUCCUUAUUUAAUACAUGUUAUUGUACUUUUACAUUCUGCUUAGACUGAUGUUGGGGAGGAGGUUAGGCAGCCUUUGUUCCUUAUUUAAUACAUGUUAUGGUACUUUUACAUUCUGCUUAGACUGAUGUUGGGGAGGAGGUUAGGCAGCCUUUGUUCCUUAUUUAUUACAUGUUAUGGUACUUUUACAUUCUGCUUAGACUGAUGUUGGGGAGGAGGUUAGGCAGCCUUUGUUCCUUAUUUAAUACAUGUUAUGGUACUUUUACAUUGAGUGCUGCUUAUCAUCAUCAUCAACUUUCUUUUCUCCUUUUUCAAAGUGACCAUAUCUUCUAAUGCCAAUAGUUAUACUGCUAAAGGGCUAAGUAUCUCUAUAUUCCACAUUCUGAUAUGAGCACACUGUUUAGUGAAAUAUCAGAUUCUAAAGGUACCGCUUUACUGGAAUUUCCAUCUCACAUUUAAAUACUGUAUUAUCAUAAUAUGCAUAGUAUGGCAAUCAGUAAGUUCGGCAACAAUCAGUUGAUAUAUACAGCACAAAUGAGCAAAUAUGCACAUUGGUAGCUGCACAGGAAAUUCACCUUUUUCCAAGGUGCAUUGGGCUUCAUCAUGGUCUGCAUUAAUAGCAGGGUUCAGUGGGCAAAACCUCUGCAUGGGAGAGACUUACCCCUCCCAACACACACACACACACACACACACAAACACACACACACAAAUGAUAAAUUUUACAUUCUGCCUUAAAUCAGCUUUUUCAGUAAAAAAAAAAAAAAAAAGACUUUGACAAGAAA